AUGUCAUUCAGAGCUACUAUUGAUUCUAUCAGCAAACAUAACGCAUGGUACAGAGGAAUAUAUGUAUUAAAUACAAUUGACGAAAAGAUUAAGAUCACCAUAAUUGAAAAUUCAUUGAUUUUGUGGGCAGUCCAUAACACUGGAUCAUCAUGUUGUCAAAUUAUUUAUGAUAAGUCUUUUUUUAAAGAUUUUGAAUUUAAGCCAAAUAAUGUUGUCUUUGGUGAGGAUGGAUUGCAGACAGUAACAGAUUUACAUGGCAUUGAACAUAAAAUAUUUUCAUUCGAGAUGGAUGCAAAGAGUCUUAAUAUGGUAUCAAGGAAAUCUGAUAAUGAUGAAAUUAAAGAAUUUACUAUAUCAAUAGAUAAUACUACAACAUGUCCAGAUAGCCUUAUGAAUAGACUGAUUGUUACUAUCACUAUGCAGUCUCUAAUUGUCAAAGAUCAUACACCACUGUUUACUCCGAUUAAAUUUAGUUCUAACAGAUUGGAUUUACAAUAUAAGAAGAGGCUUUUGGAUGUUUAUGGUGAUACUAUGUAUGACAAUGAUGAAUUAGAUAGAUCUUUUGAUCCUGCAUUAGUUAAAUUAUUUAAGCAAAUUGAAAGGGAAUUAUCACAGUCUAUAUUUGGUAACAUUAUUGGGCGACAUUUGAUUAGACGUGUGAAUGAUCCAUCUCAGUUAACUGAAGAAGAUGAAAUUAAUUUUAUUAGUUGUAACUAUAAGUUAAUUAAAAAUUUUGUUGAUAAUUGCAAAAGUAAUGUUAUUAAGGAUGUUAAGAUGGAAUUAUUUGAAAAUAUACUUACUUUGACUGGAUCAAGAAGUGAUUUGAAGAAUAGUUCAGAAAUUCUUCAGCAUGGUAUUAUUAUAAGUAAUACUAUUGAUACUAAUGAUUUGGGUCCAUAUUGUAUCUAUAAUAUAGAGGAAGAUGAGGAAGGGGAAGAGGAAGGGAAUGUAGAAACAAGAUUUCGAUCAAAAGGAAAAUAUGAUAAUCAGAAAGAUAAACACGUUGAUCAGAAAAAGAGACACAAGGAAGUAAAACCAUCUAAGAAAAUGGUAUUUACAUUAAAAGAUUUUAAAAGUUUUAUUAAUAUGGCUACAAUAUGGAAGAGUAUAGGUACCCCUCAUGGAGUGCAAGAAGAUUCAAAUAAAGAGGUAAAUAUAUGGUUUUGUCGUCCUGGACAGCCAAUUUUGUUUCAAAUAUCUAAACCGAGUAUUCAAGCUUCUUUAUUAUUACUUACAGACGGUUCUGAAACUAAUAUUAGUCAAUCAAUAGGAACACAUUUUUUUGUUGAAAGACAAAGUCCAUUGAAACAUAAGAAAGAACACUCUCCUCAAAGGAUAUCACCGAAUAAAAAAAGAUCUAUUAUACCUGAUUUAAAUCCAUCGCAAUCCGUAAAAAUGAAUAAGGAUUAUGAUAUUUCGACUUCAACUAUCGCAGGUUCCAUUUCAACCAGAAUUCCUCGUUUAGAUCUAUUAGAGAUACGUAACAAUAGAAUUAGUCCAUUAAAAGUAUCGAAAACACCAUUAACGAAAGUGGAUUCUCCGUUAAAAGGUGAUAUCUAUGAAAAUAGUCGGUUAUAUCGUCAAAGUCCUAGAAGAUUAUUUGUUACUGAUGAUAAUUCACAAGAAGGUUCUCCACAGAGGAUGCAAACAGGAUUAACAGGAAUGUUCCCUUCGAUAUCACGUACCUCUUCUACUUUAUCUGAUCGUGGACUAAGUAAAUCUUCAAAGCCAAGAAAUGAGACAACAGAUCAUGAACAGAUUCAGAGAGGAAAGGGGAUAAGAAAUAAUUUUGAAAGAACAGAUACUAUUGUGGGAUGGGGGAGAUUUAAAGAGGAACAAAAGUGUUUUAAUGAACAAAAACCGUUUGGAAAGAUUAGCAGAGAAUCAUCUAUGAAAGAAGAUGAAAUCGAUCGUCAAAGAAUUCUAAGACAAGAAAAAAUGAAAUAUGUCAAUUCAAAGAAAAAGUCUACUGAUAAAGAGCAACAUAAAAAAGAUGAGUUAUCUAUAUCAUUAGAUGACAACUUAGGUCCAACCCAAUAUAAUCCUGUUAAGGGGCUUUUUGAAUAA